UCUUCCUGAUCGCUGGUCGGAAGUCGGAGAACUUUUUUCUUUCCGCCGAGAGAGAAAAGGGGGUGAGCGCCCGCGGAGGGAAGUUCCUCCAGUUUGCGACGAGAGGGACGUACAGGACGAGGAUCGGAUACGGGGGUAGCGAGAGGGCGACGCGAACGCCAUCCGAACGAGUGUGGUUAGCAGUUCAGUAGAGCGGCAAAAUGGACGCGCGAUUCAGAAGCAAUCUCGACAUGAUCGGGCGUAACGAGCCCAUCACAAGGAAGGCGAAGUUUUGGCAGAGCUAUGUACGGGCCUUGAAAGGCACUGAUGACAUCAGAGCUCCCGAGCACACUCACAGGCCCCGUGGCAUUUUCCGCUCGGAUUUUCCUGAGCUGCAUUCCACCUCGUGGCCGUUUGGAAAGUCAAUCUACGAAAAUCCGAUUCACGCAGCCGAUCGUAUUAAUGUUCCCGGAUACAGGUAUUUGCCCAUGCACCGUGAGAUCUACGGUUACUCGCCGAGGCAGCUGUAUCCCCAUCAGUACAAACCCGUAGAACGCUUCACCCCUGCGAAACCAUUCGACGCUGAGAAGGCUUGGAAAGAUCAUCUGAAUCGCUUGGCGGACAUCGACAGACUCUAUCCAUCCAAAUCACCGCUUCUGUCUCGUCACAUAAGCCCACCGCUCAGUACGAAACGACUGUUCGACAUUUACGGUAAUCUCGUGAACGACAUACUGCCGUAUCCGUCCCUGCUGCGUAGGAAACCGCUCUUCGAUCUCCUGGAACCGUCACCAAUGGCACCUAUCAGUGCGUUCACCAGGGACCCAUGGUGGUACCCGAGCUACUCGCCUUAUAUUCCGAGCUACGCUCAAUAUCGCACACCAUUCUAUCUGAGGGACAGCUACCUCAGUCCAAUUAAACGUGUCUAUCUGUGGAGUCGACACCCCAUCAGGCCCUUCGGAUCGUUAUACUACUAUUAUUCGCAGCCAGUUCCACGAUUUCACUUUACCAGCCCGUGGUAUAAUAAACGUACCACAUAUUAAACGAAAAAACUCACGUCUACUGAUGACUGUCUGGCGCCACACGGAAAACGUGAAACGUAAAACAAUGAAAAAAGAAAAAUAAUGCCCGAAAAAUGAAAAUCAACCAAAAAAAAGAAAGAAAACUUGUGCACCACGUCCCGAGAGAAUUUUUUGGUGUCUCUAUCAGAAUACAUACCGUUUCCACGGAGUUUAUUUAUUAAUAUUUCCCGUCACAUGAUUUAUUGUACUGUUCAUCCGUGAUCUAUCUACGAAAAUAAAAAAACACUGCCAAAAUUUUA